AUGUCUAGUGUUGGUAGCGCUAAUUUUAAGGUUGAUAUCCAGGAUGAUGUUGCCACUGUUAGGAUGGCAAAAUCACCAGGAAAUGCAUUGGAUUUAAGUUUCUUCCAAGAAUUUCUUGACGUAUUUAAUGAGGUGGAAAACUCUUGCCGAGGCAUGAUCCUCACUUCGGACUUGCCGCAAAUAUAUUCAGCUGGACUAAACAUCAAAGCAGUCGCUCAGUUAUCAUCGACGAGUGAAGUAAACGAGUUUCUGGCUGGACUGGAAAAGUUUUGGUUUCGUAUUUACUCAUCAAAAUUAGCCACUGUGGCUGCUAUCAAUGGCCAUGCUACUGCUGCAGGCUGUUCCGUUGCUCUCGCAUGUGAUUACAGAAUAAUGAGUAAAGGAGACAAAAAACCUUACACGAUUGGAUUAAAUGAACCUAGGCUGGGAUUGGAAAUUCCAUUUUGGUUACUGGAAGCAUACAAAGAUACCAUUAGUAAUAGGAACAUAGAUCUCCAUGCGCAACUCGGUACCUUAUUUCCUGAGGAAGAAGCCGCUAAAUUAGGACUCGUUGAUCAGUUAGUCUCUAAGGAAGAGCUACUGCCAGAAGCUCAAAAACGGAUGAAAGAAUUUCUAAACGUAGCGGAUCAUUCCCGUCAAGGUUGUAAACUGCUCCUCCGUCGAAAUCUCAUGAAUCACUAUUCUCAAGUUGGUGAUAAAGAACGACAGCGAUUGGCGGAAACCCUAACGAGUCCCAAGACCCGAGAAUUAAUUAAGGAGAUGAUCAUGAAGCUUUCAAAGCCACGUAAAUAA